CCCGGCAGGAGGCUGGAGCUUCUGAACCCUGGGAGGGGUUCGUGGGAGUCUAGGGUUGGAAGCAGGACCCCUGGGUCUGGGAGACAUGGACAUCAGGCGGUGACUGGAAGAGGACCUCCGGGUGGUAUGGGUUGCCCCGGAGUCCCAGGAAUGUCUGGCAGCAGGAGUCUCGGGCUCCUGCUGGAGGAUAAGACACUUGACUGCCCAGGGAUAUGCAAAAGUGCUGGAAGUAUCCUCAGUAGGUCUGUGUGGGUGGCUGUGGGUACCCCAAGGUGACAGGUCUGGCUGUGACCUUCUCCAGAGCUGCCCUGUCCAGACUAUGGACCCUGAGGUGUCUCUGAUGCUGCAGUGCCCGCCGGGUGGGCUGCCAGAGCAGCAAGUACGGGCUGAGCUGAGUCCAGCCCACGACCGCCGUCCACUGCCAGGAGGGGACCAGGCCAUCGCUGCUGUCUGGGAGAGCCGGCUACAGGCCCAGCCCUGGCUCUUUGAUGCUCCCAAGUUCCGCUUGCACUCUGCCGCCCUGGAGCCCACUGGCUCGCAGGGGCCACAGCUGCUCCUGCGCCUGGGCCUGACUUCCUACCGAGACUUCCUGGGCACCAACUGGGCCAGCUCAGCUGCCUGGCUUCGACAGCAGGGGCUUGCUGACUGGGGUGACAAGCAAGCCUACCUGGCAGACCCUCUGGGAGUGGGCGCCGCGCUGACCACCGCGGAUGACUUCCUUGUCUUCCUGCGCCGCUCUCAGCGGGUGGCUGAGGCCCCUGGGCUGGUGGACGUGCCUGGUGGGCACCCUGAGCCUCAGGGCCAGCAAGCACAGGGGAAGGCAGGGCGGGAAGAGGUGGGGAGCGGGCUGAGCCUCAGCUCUCACAGGCCCUGUGCCCCGGUGACAGCCCUCUGCACAAGGACCUCCCUGGGGAGCUGGUGGUGCAUGAACUCUUCUCCAGUGUCCUCCAGGAGAUCUGUGACGAGGUGCAGCCUGACCUCUGAGCAGGUGAGGAAGCAUUACAUGAGUGGGGGACCGGAGGCGCAGGAGUCCACGGAAAUUAUCUUUGUGGAGACACAGAACGUGAAGAGGUUGCAGGAGACUGAAAUGUGGGCCGAGCUCUGCCCCUCUGCCAAAGGCGCCAUCUUCCUCUACAACCAGGUCCAGAGAAGUUCCACCUGAGUCACUUUAGGGUCCCCAGACUUAUCACCACAGCUCAAAAGACAAUAAAGGACUUUAUUCUUGGA